AUGAAAGUGACCGUGUGCUUCGGGCGGACGGGGAUCGUGGUGCCCUGCAAGGACGGGCAGCUCCGCGUGCGGGACUUGACCCAGCAGGCCCUUCAGCGCUACCGCAAGGCCCAGGAGAAGGAUCCAGCUUCCUGGGUAAAUAUUCACCACCUGGAGUAUACAGAUGGAGGAAUCCUGGACCCAGAUGAUGUGCUGGCAGAUGUUGUGGAAGACAAAGAUAAGCUGAUUGCUGUUUAUGAUGAACAAGAAACUCACCAUAAGACUGAUGGCACCAAUGGCAAUUUGACGGACAGAAUUAGCCCAGACUCUUUUGAGACGGAGGUAGCAGCUCAACUGGCUGCCUUUCAGCCGAUUGGGGGUGAGAUCGAAGUGACUCCUUCUGCCCUAAAACUGGGCACACCACUUCUAGUACGAAGGAGCAGUGAUCCAGCUUUGGGCCCACCUGCUGACUUCCACCCAAGUGCUUCUCAUCCCAGUGAUCACAGUCUCAAGCAUGUUGUGGCAGGUGCUUCCCAGGUAUCCAUUCAGGAUGCGGAGAUGAACCUCACCGGACCCACAGAACUUGUGUUGGCUCAGAGGGCCCGGCUCCCUGUCAGUGAAAUGACAAAAACAGUGGAGAUUUCUGGGGAAGGUGGACCCUUAGGAAUACAUGUAGUGCCCUAUUUUUCAUCUUUGAGUGGAAGGAUGCUGGGACUCUUCAUCCGUGGUAUUGAAGAAAAUAGCAGAUCUAGGCGUGAUGGGCUUUUCCAUGAAAAUGAAUGCAUUGUGAAGAUUAACCAUGUGGACCUUACAGAUAAAACCUUUGCACAGGCUCAGGACAUCUUCCGUCAGGCAAUGAAGUUUCAAAGUGUCAUCUUGGAAGUCCUUCCUCCAUAUAAUCGAGAACAAUAUGAGAAGUCUGCUAUUGCUCCCCUUUGUUUUCCGGAUAAUGAAGAAGGAGUUCCAAAAACAAAGAUUCCACCUCCUGUUCAUCCAAAACCUGCUCUGAAAACAAUUAAUCUUUCUGGAGCAAGCAGCUUGGAGGCAGGCAUGCAGGCAACACUCCAACAAGCUAAGAGCCCCAACCUCCCACAUCUGGGUAGAAAGUUGUCUUCUCCUUCACUGUCUCCCCUUAUGGGCUUUGGCAAUAAAAAAAAUGCGAAGAAAAUAAAGAUAGACCUGAAAAAAGGUCCAGAAGGACUUGGUUUCACUGUGGUUACCAGAGACUCUUCAGUACAUGGUCCUGGUCCGAUUUUUGUGAAGAAUAUUUUACCAAAAGGUGCAGCAAUAAAAGAUGGUCGUCUGCAGUCAGGAGACAGAAUCCUGGAGGUGAAUGGAUGGGACAUCACUGGCAGGACCCAGGAAGAGCUUGUAGCUAUGCUGAGGAGCACAAAGCAAGGGGAAACUGUCUGUCUGAUUGUGGCUCGUCAGGAGGAGGGCUUUCUACCCCGAGAGCUGAAAGGAGAGCCGAACUGCAGUAUUCUUUCUCCAGAAACCACAGAGCAGCUGACCUUUGAGAUUCCUCUGAAUGAUUCUGGCUCUGCUGGACUUGGUGUCAGCUUAAAAGGCAACAAAUCUCGGGAGACUGGAGCUGAUCUUGGGAUUUUCAUCAAAUCCAUUAUUCACGGAGGUGCUGCUUUUAAGGAUGGUCGUUUGCGAGUAAAUGAUCAACUUGUUGCAGUAAAUGGGGAAUCACUUCUGGGCAAGUCAAAUCAUGAGGCUAUGGAAACACUGAGGCGCUCCAUGUCCAUGGAGGGGAACAUUCGUGGGAGGAUCCAGCUGGUAGUUCUCCGGAGACUAGAGGUGCAGACAGAGGAACGCUCAGACCAGGGAGUCUUUCAAAAAUCAACCUUUGACAGGAGUCAUAACUUCACAGCUGCUUCCCGACACAAUGAUACUAUUCCUGAGCAAUUUGUAACGUGCAGCCCUCGUGAAAGAACAAAAGAGUUGCCAGUGUCUGAUCGUGGCAAUGGUGAAAAUGAAACCCCUCCACCUCUCCCACCACAUCCCAGUGAGGAUCUGCUGAAUGAAGAUUAUAAUCAUAGCCUUAUCAUAAAUUCAGCAGUGCAUUUAACAAAUCAGCACAUCAACUUCAGAUCUUUGACACCAGCCAAGCAGUCUGAAUCAAUUAAUCUGAAAGCCUCAAAAAGCAUGGAUCUGGUGGCAGAUGAAAGCAAAGUUGGUUUGUUGGCCGGACACAAAUCGGACUCUUCUGGGAAAGAUUUUGGUCCUACUCUGGGAUUGAAGAAGUCCAGUUCUCUUGAGAGUCUUCAGACUGCUGUGGCUGAAGUUAGAAAGAACGAACUCCCUUUUCACAGACCUAGGCCUCACGUGGUCCGUGGUCGGGGGUGUAAUGAGAGUUUCCGAGCUGCCAUUGACAAGUCUUACGAUGGACCUGAAGAUGGAGAAGAGGAUGGUUUCUCUGAUAAGAGCUCUCAUUCUGGUCAAGAAGCUCAAAACAUGGAAUCUGCCCCUCCAGGGAACCCUGAAAUAGAAGAUACAGAAACCAAAGCAAAAGAAGACAAAAAAAGUAGAGAGAAAGAGAAGAAAAAAGAAAAGGGCAAAUCUAAAAUCAAAGAGAAGAAGAGGAAGGAAGAAAAUGAAGACCCAGAAAAGAAAAAGAAGAAAGGCUUUGGUGUCAGGUUGAGAUUUGGAAAGAAAAAAGAAGAUAAAAGCGGGAAAACAGAUCAGAAGGGGAAUCUAAAGCAAGGCAUACUUAAAGAGGAGGAGCUAGAGAAAAUGAAAGAUGAACGUGAAAGGAUUGGUGCAAAGCAUCAAGAGUUACGGCAAAAGCAACUGAGAGGCCUGAGUGAUUAUUCUACUGGUCCUGGAGGACCUGACAUUGAUGAUGAUGAGAUGGAUCCAAAUUAUGCCAGAGUAAACCACUUCCGAGAGGCUUAUCCAGCAGCAAGCAUCUAUAGGCCAUCAUCACCAGCAGUAGCAGAAACCUUUGUAUAUCCCCGUGAUUCUCCUUCAGGACCCAUGGAGAGGGAGCACUUGGAAGGACUGUAUGCAAAAAUAAACAAGCAGCACUACCCACAGACUCCUGGUGACAGUGGCUGCGCAGGUGGUGGGAAUGCUGAUCGUAUCCAGAAGUUACGGAAGGAGUACCAUCAGGCCAGGCGAGAAGGCUUACCUUUCUAUGAGGAUGACGAAGGAAGAACACAGCCAUCUGACUAUGACCAGUGUUGGGUGCCUGGAAAAGGUCCAGAUGGAAGCUCAUACAAUCUCCACUUUGAGGGGUUGGAAAGGCAGUAUGCAUCCUUACCCAGGCGUGGACCUGCAGAGCCACUGGAAUAUUUAACAGGGCCACGAGUAAUAUACAAAGAGAGAGAUCUUCCCUACUACCAAGGAGGACAGCCUGUUGUCCACCCAUCUAAGGGGAACUACAUCCGUGCGCCAGACACAAGAGUGGCAGAAUUGAGGUACCCCCAGCACUACCCAGCCCAGCCUGUCACAAACCAGCAUAAAGGACCCCUCCGGCAGGACGUGCCACCUUCCCCUCCUCAGUCCCACCGAGCACCAGCUUAUAAUGAAAUUGUCCGACACCGUGGGACCAGUCCAGAGCAGUACCAGUACAGGCAACAGGAUCCCAGGCAGAAGAACCCCAUGACUGCAGCUGUAUAGCCAUGCACUGGACUUGCCAGCACAGCCCAUGAGGAAUCCUGUCGGACAUCAUCCUUGUAGAGUUGUUCCCAAGCAUAGCUGCCUGUAAGAAUGGCACGUGAGACCUGGAGUUGUUCUUACUGAGCUGGGUUCAGCGUAGGUGCUUUCUAACAGGCAAACUAAAGCUACGUGAGGUACGAUGUGUUUUGAGUACGUGAGGUACCAGACAGUUGAGGUUUUUUUAAUUCCUUUUAAAAAUAGGAAGUGGCUGCUGGAAAUGAAGCGCAACACUUAAUACACCUCAGGGCUAUUUACCGAAUCCAGUUACACCUAUACAGUACAUAGCUGUCUGUGUAAGGGCAGUGGUGUCACCGGAGUUUACUUCAGAGUGCUGUUGUAGAGCCUUUAAGUGAGAACGCAGCAUGCAGUAUGGACUUCGUGCAGAGCUGGGGAUCUUGUGUAAUCCAGUGUGUGGUCAUGAGUUGACAAGGGACUGCCACGGAGGUAGCGGCCGCGUUCCAGGCACGUUCAGACCAGCAGCUCUGUGCUUAACGGACGCUGCAGUUCCAGAUUGGUAAUCUGGCCUCUGUCUUCCUCUUUCUGUGUGGUGGUGGCAGCAUUUAUCUUGUAGCCUUCAUUUUUUGCAGUUUGUGUAGCAAGAUUCUCAACUUAUUGCACCUGCUGCAUUUGGAGUAAGGUGAAAAGCUUUAUCCACCAUGCUUAGGCAGGCUUGCAGAGGACAAGGCAGCCAGCCACCUGAGACGUGCGUGUCUGUAGAUGUGCAUGUGUGUGCUUGUGAGCGUUUCUUAGUUAUACAGUGUGCACUCUUUAAAUGUAAACCCUGGAGAUCAGAUCCUCAGCUGCUGUCAGUAUCGCUCUUGGGGUUUCAGUGGAGCUGGCCUAUAGGAAGUGGCUGGAAGUGGUGACCACGGGCAUGGACUCUGUAAUUCAUAUUAAGUUACUGUAUCAGGUGCUGCCUUGGCUCCGGUAGGACAGCCCCUUCCCAGCCUGCUCUGGCCGGGGUUACAGCGAAGUGCCUGCCAGCAGCGUGCCCUGCCCUCGCGAGCCUGCCGCUUCGUGAAGGCACCUCUUGGUGCCCACCCUCAGUCCUCCCAGGGAAGCUCAGCCUUGGGCAGCACCAAACAAGUGCCAAGUGCCAAACUGCUCCAAGUUUCUGCAGCCAGAGGCCAUCAGGCCAGCGGGGAAAGGGCCUUUUCACAGCAAGGGGUGAGGGAAAAGACAAGGCAGGCAGCAGGGGGAGGGUUUCAAGACCCUGGGGCCCAGGAGAAAGAGGAGAGAAUAGCUGUUUGUAGCAAGUUAUUUGCAGCAGUGCAUAGGAAGAGAGGUGUGGGUGCGGAGAGGGGGCCAGCAGCACAGCAGAGCCGUGCGAGGACAGGGCAGCGGGGUAUGUGCCUGACUUUUUGCCCCGCACAGCCUGAGCUUGCUCUGCAGCCAGCCAGCCUGGAAGGAGGCCAGAAAUGCCUGUCCCCACCCACAGGGACCUGUGCUACCCAGCCCAGCAGGGCUGUGGGUGCUCAGAGAUUUGUCUCAAGGAUUUUCUCACAGGGAAACCAUACAGUCUUGCCACCUAGAAAUAUAUUUUGUGAAGUUUCCAAGUGUCCUUAGUUCCUCGACUUCUGCCUUUUGGGAGUGCUAUUAAAUCGUUUGGGCUCCUCUCCUCAUCAGGGAGAGUCUGUGACCUGGCCAAGGAUUAAGCACAAGGAUUUCUUUGAUGUCUUUUUGACACCUUUGGUAUGCAACAGAUUAAAUCACAUAGGUCACUUCCCAGGUAUUAAAUAUCACCGGGAAGGUUUGUCCCGCUAGGAGCAUGUCCCUUUACUAGAUAUCCCUGGGAAAAGGGCUCAUUAGAGUACGAGGUCCGUAAGGCGCAGGGCAGGGUGGGUCUGUGCGCUGCUGUUUUCCAGGGGCCACCACCGGUAGGUAAUGGCCCUGAUGAGAAGCAGUGUUCAAUCCCAACCAACGUUUCUUCUGUGCUGCUAAUGCUGGUGAGAGACUGGCAUAACCCUGAGGCAUGGGGAGCACUUGCAGCUGGCCGGCUGACCGGCAGGCUCUAGCAUUUGCAUUCACACCCGUCUCUACCCGCCAGCUGGGCUGGGAAGCAGGGGAGAGGAGACAGC